UGUAAGACCAAUUCCUAAGGCCAUCAUGACAAUUGCAGGAAGAUUUGAAGUAAGAGCCAUUCUUGUUCUAGGCUUAGCAUUUUCCUGUUGUGUGGCCGAAUCUACACUCCGUCGUGGCCUUGUCGGUGCUGCUGGUCCUACAGAUUUCAAUGUUAACUCUUAUGGUGCUAAGGCUGAUGGCAAGACCGAUAAUGUAGAGGCAUUUAUGAAAGCGUGGGUUGCUGCAUGUAAAUCUGGUGGUGGUUCGGCAAGGCUUGUCUUUCCCAAAGGGACGUAUGUGACAGGGCCUCUCGUGUUUGCAGGGCCAUGCAAGGCCUCAAAAAUAACUGUUGAAGUUCAGGGAACUAUUAAAGCUACAACUGAUAUUAGUGAAUAUACCUCUCCUGAGUGGAUUUUGUUCGAAUCGAUCAAAGGUUUGACACUUACCGGUGGUAUUUUUGAUGGUCGAGGUGAGACUGUCUGGAAGUACAAUGACUGUGAUCAGAAUUCCGAUUGCCAACUCCUCCCAACUUCAAUCAAAUUUUCCAAACUGACCAAUACCGUAGUUCAUGGGAUCACUUCUCUAAAUAGCAAAUCGUUCCACACGCAUGUUUAUAUGUGCCAAAACUUUAAAGCCUUCGAUCUCACUAUAACUGCUCCAUCUAAUAGCCCCAACACCGAUGGCAUGCAUAUAAGCUUGUCCGAUCUCGUCAAUGUAUCAAACAGCGUAAUUGGAACUGGUGAUGAUUGCAUUUCUAUUGGACAAGGGGUUACCAAUCUCGGUGUCACUAAAAUAACCUGUGGCCCAGGACACGGCAUAAGUGUUGGCAGCCUUGGCAAGUAUGAUGAUGAGAAAGAUGUGAGUGGGGUUGUUGUGAGUAAUUGCACAUUAAGAGACACAACCAAUGGUGUGAGGAUCAAAACCUAUUCAGGGUCACCUCCAAGCAAAGCUUCAGGCAUCACUUUUCAAGAUAUAAUUAUGGAUGCGGUUAAAAAUCCUAUCAUCGUUGAUCAGAAAUAUGGUUCACAUAAGAGUGCGGCAUCCAAAGUGCAGAUUAGCGGCGUUCAUUACAAGAACAUUGUUGGCACCUCGACUUCAGAUGUUGCAGUGUCAUUACUAUGCAGUUCACAAGUGCCUUGUGAUGUUGAAUUGGUGGACAUUGAUUUGAAGUUCCAGGGCAGUAGUAACAAAGCAAAAUCAGCUUCAUCCUCAUGCUUGAAUGCAAAGGUUAAGACCGGAGGCAAACUGAAUCCACCGGCUUGUCGAUAGCUUCUUCAUGCACCAACAUUCUUUUUUUAAUGAUUGAGCUUAGCUUACUGUCACAGUAUUUUAUGUGUACGAGUAAGCUUAUUUUUGUGUAACAGCUAGCAGGGAACUA